UCAUUUCGAUUCAUUUCAGCAUUGCGCUUCGGUGCGAGUGGACGCGUGUGCCGUGCCUGUUUCCGCGAGCUCCGCACACACCGAGAAAACCGUGGUUCGUUUCUGUUUUGCUGUUUUGUUUUCUACCUGCCGAAAGGUGUACGCAAGUUAACUGCGAAACUUCUGUGAGCGGUUCGUGCAUUUUAUUUGUUGUGCAAGAUAGAACAGAAAGACGUGGUCCGAUCGUAGCAAAAAUCAGGGCUUUCUUUCCUUCCAUCCGAUCAACGGAUUCAAUUCACGCACGACGGAACCGACAAGUGCAGGGCAAGAAGGCAAGGGCUCCAAAGUACGGUGAAAAGCACACGAUACGCCUUUUCCGGUGCGGAGCAGCUUCCACAGGGACCCACGGACGCCAGCGACGAGGCCGCUGUUCUUGUUUAUGAGUUUGGGCGCGUCGAUGCUAUGCGAGAUCAUCGCAUGCUUGCACGUUUUCGCGAUCACCUUUUUUUCGGCCAAGAAUCUUUAUGACCGUUUAUGUUGGCCGUGCUUGCGCGAUCAGUGCACGCGUGUGUGAGUGUGUGUUGUUUGUUCAUGUGCAGUGAGUGAGUUCGAGAGAAAAAAAAAAGGAUCCACCCAAAGGGUGUUUGCGGCCGGAGACGCGCCAUAUCGUCGUGAAAGUCGCGAAACGUGCCCACACGAUACGGUGAUAACUCCCCCCCGCUCCCGCUGUUUGAUACGCUGUUACGCCUGGGUCAAUGAGGGAAAGAGGGUGGUGCGCCGCACCCGAUAUGGAGAACGGCCAAAAACGGGUAUUGUGCGUACCCAUUCAAUAGUGGGGCACCGUGCAGCACAACGGUGACGAAGUGCGCGUGGAAUUAAGUGCGUCUUGCUGCUCUAGUGCGGGUGGUUGCGACGGCGGCGGUGGCGCCGUGCUCUGCGGAUGUGUGAGCCUAAAAUUAGCCAUCGAAUUAGUGUCCAUUGUGUUCGCCAUCCCUCAUCGCAAGCGAAGCGAAGGUUUGCCAAUUGUAGACGACCCCUUGCGUCUUAACGCAACGCAUCAAAGAAGUGCAAUUUGUAGUGAAUCUGCGGCCCCUUGUGCAACAUAAUCGUCCGAUUACUCUCGCCCCUUAUAAAAGUGAGCAGCGGGAAGAGGGCGCUGCGUGUCUGUGUCUGAUUGUCUUCAGGGCUCCCUGAAGUAUGUCUGGCCGUGGUGAGUCAGUGUGUUGAUGAGCUGCGCGCCUUCUCGAAGAUCCCGGAAGACACAAUCGUUCGGAUGCUGAUAAAUAAGUGCGUGUGUGUGUCUGUGUGAUGCCGUCCUCACUGUUGCAACCGUUGCACUGAUAGUGAAUUAGUGCGAAAAGGGGUCGCCCAUUCGGGGAAGCAAUUGUGUGUGAGAAAAAAAGAAAAGCUAAUUGAUUUACAAAGUUCAGUUUCACAAAACCGCGGAAGGAAAACACAACGUAGGCGCCCAAAACAGAUUGUGCUUGCGCGGGGUCCACUGCGGUGCGAAAGAAUAAAUCACGAUUAUUAAAGUGCGGUAAUUCGCUCUUCCCGCUGCUGGCAGUUGUUUGGGUGUUUUUUUUUUUUUGAAAAUUAGUUCUCCGAAGAAGAAACAAAAAAAAAAACAAAACACAUUCACACCGGAAAAACACAUCCCUUCACCGUCUGACGAAUCAAAGUCGGCUGUGGUGGCGCGGUAGUGAAGAGAGAAAGAAGGAAAGAAAAAGUUCGAUUGGGAUUUAAUUGAAAGUUUGUACCCGUACCCCACAAGACCGGUGCUAGCCUGGGCGAACGAAGACGGUGUUUCGAAUCGUUCUCACUAUCUUCCGGUGCAAACACACACACACUCACACCCAAACGUAGGAGAUCAUCCAGCGAAGGCCACACAAUUUCAACACCAUCAUCAUCAUCGCAUGCUGUCUUGCCGACAGCAUAACAACCCGCGUGCGUUUGUUUGCGUCUGGGCCUCUAUCGUGCAUCACAGUAAGCACAGCCCAGCCACACUAUCAGCAACAGCAGCAGCAGCAGCAGCAGCAUCAUUCUUCUAUUCUCCAGGCGAGCGGAAGACGGUGUACUGUUGUUCUGACGGUGCUGCUUCCAUUGUUCGGUGAAAGUGCGCCCACCCUACACACACCCACUGGAAGUGGGAAUAGGAAACCGAACGGAAGAGCUACAGAAAAAAGGGAAUAAACCGGGACAGGAACCUCUGGGUCCGAUACACAUCGCACCUCCUCAAAAAAAAAAAAAAAACAUGAUCUGGCCAGGGCUACUGUUUAUGCUGCUCAGCAGCGCGUUUAUGCUGCCCGGUGCAACGGCGGAACAUCAUAACAUGUCACACACGAAAGACUGUACCCGCUUUCACGAGCAAUGUGUCCGCUGCACCGAUACGGGCUGCGUCAAGUGUACGGAAGUGCUGCGCAUCGACACCGGCGAAUGUCUGUCGGAGUGCCCGAGCGGGUACGGCGCCCAGUGGUCUACGAGCAGCGAGUACAUGGGCCGCGUCUGCCAUCCGGUCGGGAUGUCGGGCUCGUUCCUGGCGGCCGUCGUCGGCAUCAUUGCUGGGGCGAUCCUGUGCGUGGUGCUGAUUUUCGGUGCGCUGGCCAUCCUGCGACGGCGCCAGAAGCGCAAAAAGUACCGCGAAUCGUUCAUCGACGAAAACAUCGACCGGCUCGAGUUCUUGCGCCAGCUGGACGAGCUGCGCCCGCAGGCGGAAUACUUCCUGCAGAUGCUGAACGACACGCGGCGCCAGAUACGGAAGCUGCACCUGGCCGGUGACAGUGCCGGCGCUGCCACGUACCAUCCGGUGGUGCGCGAUCUCGCCAAAAUACUGAUCCUGCUGAACAAACCGAUCGAGCUGAUCAAUGCGCCACCGCACGACUGGCAGCGGCUGUACGUGUGGGCCGAACGUGUGCUCGACCGCUACAAGCCCGAGCUGGCGCAGCUGAUCGAGUUUCUGCAGCAACCGUCUGCCUCCGAUCCACGGCUCGGUGCGUCGGACCAUUCCACCUUCAAGUCGGCAUCGUACCACCAGCACGGUGGUGCGCCGGGCACGGACCUAUCGCCGAGCCUGAGCCAGAAGAACGAGCGCAACCUGCUGCAGCCGGAGUUGAUCCAGCUGCAGAAACAUCGCACACUGCCGUCGAUGCAGACCACGCACCACUUCCUCGGUUCGCUGAUCAGUUUGCACGAGUUUGACGAACGAUCGUCCCACACGACCGACACCAGCUCGAACCACCAUUCGACGACCGGCGUCGUUAGUGGGAGCGGUGGUGGUGGCGGCGGAGGUGGUGGCAACAAUCCGUUCGACGAUACGUUCGAUCACGUUCGCACGUACCUGUCCACGUCCGGGAUGAACGACAGUUCGCUCUGGUUGCAGGACGAGUUCUUUAAGCUGGGCUUCCGGCCCCAGGACGAAAUCACGACCGAGCUUUGAUCGGCGAGGGAGGAGAAAACGUUUGUCCCAAAUACACGAUGAUGUCACCAUUCCAGUGCAAAUCAACAGGAUACGCAAUAUUUGUAUAUAAGCAAUACAUUGUCAAAAUACCCCGCCGCCGCCGCCGCAGCCGCCCGGUGCUAUCGUUUGGCGUGAUGAUUACGGGACCCGCGAAACAAUACGCACAUAUAAUGGCGCACACGCAGGCAUCAUGUGCACUAGUCAGAUACGAGCGCGGUGCUCUAGAAUCACAUAGGCGGGCAUAGGCGGACAACGAACAACGCGAAGGAGGAGGACAUAAUCCGUAAUCAGCAUUAAAAUUGUUAGUGUGUGUAUAUGUAAACAUUGAGCUACAAACUAACAGGACAAAGUUAUAUUGUAAAAAUAGGGUAUUCAAACAAGACAACCACCAAUUGAGCUGGUUGAAGGGAACGUUAGGCAGAACUAUUUAUUCCUGUUUUCUUCCUCGAUCGCGGGAAUGCACAAGGCAGGGCUAGACCAAUUGUCGAUUGGUUAAUCGAUACGAAGGAUUAAGCAAUUGUAAGCUGUGCUAUUGCAUUGUCUUUUUUCUUAAGCACUAUUCAUUAUUCCAUCGCGGAUCGAAUCGGUUUAGAUGGUCCAUGUUGCACAAAGUACGACAAUAAUGAUUAAUUUUAGAGAAAAAUCAUCCUCUAUACGAAGUGGGCAAAAUGAAGUUAUUCUUAUACUACGAACGAAAUAAAACGAAAAAAACGGACAUAUUGCAAGAGAUACAUUACAAAAAUAAAUCUUUUGUUACUAUUGUGAAAGGGAAA